UUCUAGUUCCGGUUCCACAGUAUCCACUCUACUCAGCUACCAUAUCACUGUUAGGUGGUACUCUUGUUCCUUACUAUCUUGAUGAGUCUGAAAACUGGGGACUUGAUGUUAACAACCUUAGACAAUCUGUUGCUCAGGCGUUCUCAAGGGAUAACAGUAAGGCACUCUUCUCCCUUGUACUCUUUGCUAUCAUAGGUGAUGCAGUUAGCGUAGAUGCAUAUGUUUAUACAGGUAAGCGCAAUGGUGAUCAUUAACCCUGGGAACCCAACUGGUCAGUGUCUAAGUGAAGCUAACUUAAGAGAGAUAUUGAAGUUCUGUUAUAACGAGAAAAUUAGUUCUUCUGGGAGACGAAGUUUAUCAGCAGAACAUAUACCAGGAUGAGCUCCAAGAAGGUUUUGUUGGAUAUGGGUUCGCCAUUCAGCAAGGAAGUUCAGCUUGUAUCCUUCCACACCGUCUCUAAAGGAUAUUGGACAGCGAGGAGAGGUGGAUACUUUGAGAUGACCAAUAUCCCUCCCAGGGUUGUUGAGGAGAUAUACAAGGUUGCAUCAAUUGCCUUCAGCCCCAAUGUAUCCGCGCAGAUCUUUAUGGGUUUGAUGGUUAGUCCUCCAAAGCCUGGAGACAUUCUAUAUGACCAGUUCGCUCGUGAAAGCAAGGGGAUUCUUGAAUCAUUGAGAAGAAGAGCAAAGAUCGUGACUGACGGAUUCAACAGCUGCAAAACCGUUGUCUGUCAAAGAAACAAAGCAAUAAAAGCCGUUCAGUUUAGAGAUUUUGAUACGGUUCUUGAUGAUUCUUGUGUAAGUCAAAUGUUAAUUGCAAUGUAUUCGUUUCCUCAAAUACGGUUACCAGCAGGAGCUCUCCAAGCUGCAAAACAAGCCGGAAAAGUACCAGAUGUUUUCUACUGUCUCUGGCUCUGCAUUUGGACAGAAAGAAGGUGUGUUCCAUCUGAGGAUACCAGCAGAAGAAGAGAUGCCAGAGAUCAUGGAUAGUUUCAAGAAGUUCAACGACGAGUGCAUGACUUAGUACGAUAAUAACUUUGGUGGAAUGUGAUUACUUCUUCUUCCUUCUUCUUCUUCUGAACAUCUAUUUGUGUUCUGCUAUACUUCUUAAAAGCUAAAAUCUCUGUAGUACUCUUUCUACUUGUCAUAUUCUCUAAAACUCUCUCUAUUUCUAUUUUCAGUUGGAAUCGAUUUAAGAUC